CUGUGUUCCAGCUUUAUCCUAACUGAGAUUUCAGUAAGCGCAACAAAACCAACUACAACAACACCGUCCACUUUUCCUGGCGUGUCAACAGCUACAAUAAUAACAACAGCAGCAGCAUCGUCAACUAUUCCAGUUACAACGAUACCAACAACAGCAGCACCGUCAACUACUCCUGGCGCAUCAACAGCUACAAUAAUACCAACAACAGCAGCAACGUCAACUAUUCCAGCUACAAUAAUGACAACAACAGCAGCAACGUCAACUACUCAAGCUACAACAAUAACAGCAACAGCAGCACCGUCAACCAUUCCUGGCGUGUCAACACCAGUUACAACAACACUUUUGCCAACCACGUCGGAUAUGUCCACCACCACCACAAUAACAUUUCCGGCUUGGAUUAGGGGAGUCUAUACCGAAGGAGUUUAUGGUGAAAUAUAUAAACCAUAUUGGAUUGGUGUACGUAAGAUUGGUUACAAAUGGGAAAGACUAACAGAGGAUCGUCCUUUCCCAUACACGCCAGUCACUUUUACAAAUUGGGGACCAUCACAACCAGAUGGCUGUUGUUCGGUCGAUGUUACCUGUGUCGUGGUGAAUCACUGGAACAACUUGGGUGAAUGGGAUGAUCAGGGCUGCGACAGCUAUGUGGGAUACGCUGGCGCUGUUUGCCAGAGAAAACCAAUGUGA